UUUUUAAAGAAAGCUUGUGGCCCGCUGCGACUAAAUUUAAAGGGCCCGCUCCUUCCCAGAAGUUAGUCUGAAGGGACCCGGUGGUUGUGUGUCUGUGUGGACAGCAUUUUGUCAUGGGACCUGUGCGGUUGGAAAUACUGCUUUUUAUCCUGGUAGCGUACAGUGCGUGGACUGAGACGACGGAAAAAGAGGACGAUGAUACAGAACGUUUGCCCAGCAAAUGCGAAGUGUGUAAGCUGCUGAGCAUGGAGCUUCAGGAAGAGCUGAGUCGCACGGGUCGAUCUCGAGAAGUGCUGGAGCUGGGGCAGGUGCUAGACACAGGCAAGAGGAAGAGACACGUGCCCUACAGCCUUUCCGAGACAAGAUUGGAAGAGGCUUUGGAGAAUUUGUGUGAGCGGCUCCUGGACUACAGUGUUCACGCUGAGCGCAAGGGCUCCUUGAGAUAUGCCAAGGGUCAGAGUCAGACCAUGGCGACACUGAAAGGCCUGGUACAGAAGGGCGUGAAAGUGGAUCUGGGGAUCCCUCUGGAGCUGUGGGACGAGCCCAGUGUGGAGGUCACAUUCCUCAAGAAGCAGUGCGAAACAAUGCUGGAGGAAUUUGAAGAUGUUGUGGGAGACUGGUAUUUCCACCAUCAGGAGCAGCCCCUGCAGCAUUUUCUCUGCGAAGGUCAUGUGCUUCCAGCCUCUGAGACUGCUUGUCUACAGGAAACCUGGACUGGAAAGGAGAAGAUCAGUGAUGGGCAGGAGGAGGAAGAGGAGGAGGAAGAAGAGGAGAUCACCAAGGCUUCAGGCAAUUCCAAGCAUGACCCAGAGGACCUUUGAGCCCCCAGGAGGGGUCAUGGGGAGUUUUCUAAACUCACUCUCCUUUCCCCACGUCAAGGCUUGUAACCAUCCUUUCCCUAUGAUCUUGGGCAUCAUCCUGGGGACCCAGAAUGGCAACAUGAGAGGAGAAAAAGGUGUAAGAAGCUGGGGCAAGUUUUGCCUUCAGAGAUGAGCCACAUGCCGCCACGUAAUUGACCAAAUGUGUGUGGUGACGGUGUUGUGCGGCGAACUCCUCGACCAGCGAGAAAGAACGACCACGACACGAGGAUUCUUCUCAGAUCACGCUUUACUGGAGUGCACUUGGUUGAG